GUACUUGAGCAACCGUCCGAGUCAGGAAGCAUUUCUUCGGUUUUGCAAAUUUGAAGAGCGGCAUAAAAAUAUUCCUCGAGCGAGAGCAGGCUUUGAAAAGGCUAUUGAACUCCUUCCAGAAGACAUGUUAGAUGAAAAUUUUUACCUCAAAUUCGCUGCCUUUGAAGAGAGACAGCGCGAGCAAGCGAGAGCGAAAGCAAUCUACGAAGCGGCUUUACAACGCGUUCCUCGCGGACAGGCAGACGAACUUUACUCGAAAUAUGUUGCCUUUCAGAAGCAGUUUGGAGACAAGUAA